AGCAGAGGCAUCAAGCUCCGGUUGUAACGCUGUUUUCAUUGUUUUGCAGCCGGGCUAACUUGGCAGUAAGAGGAUGUAUGGGCUCAUUGUUCUUCCACCAUAGAACGCGGUGCGUCCGCUUCUCGCAGGAGCCCGCGGACCAGUCGGUGGUGCUGGGGGAGCGCGUGGUGCUGUCCUGCGUGGUCUUCAACUACAGUGGCAUCGUCCAGUGGACCAAAGACGGCCUGGCUCUCGGCGUAGGGGAAGGCCUCAGAGCUUGGCCCAGGUAUCGGGUGCUACGGGCUUUGGACACGGGCCAGUUCAACCUGGAGAUCUCCCAUGCCGAGCUGUCGGAUGAUUCCCUGUACGAGUGUCAGGCCACUGAGGCCGCCCUGCGCUCCAGAAGGGCCAAACUCAAUGUUCUCAUCCCCCCCGAAGACCCGGUGGUGGAGGGAACCCCGGAGCUCCUGCUCAUGGCUGGAACGCCACACAACCUGACCUGCGUAACCCGCGGCGCCAAGCCUGCCGCGCACAUCCAGUGGACCAAGAAUGGAUUGCCUGUGGAGGGAGCCCAACAGUCCACGGAGGUGCUGCCUGACAGGAAGAGAGUUACAACCAGGAGCUACCUUCCCAUCAUGCCGACGGACACGGACAGCAGCAGUAACUUUACUUGCGUGGCCAGCAACCCGGCGGUCCCCAUGGGCAAACGAGCCACCAUCAUGCUCAACGUGCACCAUCCUCCGACAGUGACUUUGUCCAUUGAGCCUCGGUCGGUGCUGGAAGGCGAGAGAGUCACCUUCACCUGCCAAGCCAUCGCAAACCCACCCAUCAUGGGCUACAGGUGGGCUAAAGGCGGCGUGCUGCUGGAGGGCGCCAGGGAGAGUGUGUUUGCCACCACGGCCGACCACUCCUUCUUCACGGAGCCCGUGUCCUGUCAGGUCUUCAAUGCUGUGGGCAGCACCAACGUCAGCAUCCUAGUGGACGUCCACUUUGGACCCAUCCUGGUGGUGGAACCGCGGCCCAUCGCGGUUGACGUGAACUCGGACGUCACCCUGAACUGCAAGUGGUCCGGCAACCCCCCACUGACCCUCACGUGGACCAAGAAGGGCUCUAACAUGGUGCUGAGCAACAACAACCAGCUCUACUUGAAGUCCGUGAGCCAAGCCGACGCCGGACAAUACGUCUGCAAGGCCAUCGUGCCACGCAUUGGCGUGGGAGAGACCGAGGUUACGCUCACUGUUAACGGCCCUCCCAUCAUUUCCAGUGAUCCCAUCCAGUACGCCGUCAGGGGGGAGAGAGGAGAAAUCAAGUGCUACAUCGCCAGCACCCCCCCGCCCGACAAGAUUGUGUGGGCGUGGAAGGAAAACGUGUGGGAGAAGGAGAAAGGCACCCUGAUGGAAAGAUACACAGUGGAGCAAAGUAAGCCGCCGUCGCAGGGCGGGGCCGUCCUCUCCACCCUCACCAUCAACAACGUCAUGGAGACCGACUUCCACUCGCCGUACAACUGCACCGCCUGGAACUCCUUUGGCCCCCGCACUAUGAUCAUCACUCUGGAAGAGAAAGAUAUUGUUCCAGUGGGAGUCAUCGCUGGCGGUACGGUGGGCUCAUCCAUCCUGCUGCUCAUGUUGCUGCUAGCACUCGCCUUCUUCCUCUACCGCCAACGCAAAGGCACUCGCAGAGGCGUGACCCUUGGUAAACCAGACAUCAAGGUAGAGACGGUCAACAAGGAGACCCACAGUCUGGAGGAAGAGGCGGCCAACGUCUCCACGGCAACCCGGAUGGUCAAGGCCAUGUACUCCCCCUUCAAAGACGACAUGGACCUCAAGCAGGACGUCCGCAGCGAGAGCGACACCCGCGAGGAGUACGAGCUCAAGGAUCCAACUAAUGGCUAUUACAACGUACGAGCCACCACACACGACGAUGCCCGCCCCCAGUCCCGUGCUGUCCACUACCAAGGUGAGUUCCGCGCUCCGAAUCCAAACAGCGGAGCAUCCGGUGCUGUGUCCGGUGGACCUCCAGUCGCCGCCAGCGGUGCGGUCCCUCCCAGCGCGGUCCCGGGCUCCAGGACAGGCUGUUACGACCCCCGUCCGCCUUCUCGGAUCUCCCAUGCCACUUACGCCCAGUUCAACACCUUCACCCGGGUGGCACAGAGCCAGCAAGCUGCUCCCAAUCCGGUGCUUCAAUCACCCGGAGACUACCCAGGAGACUGCGGACUGCUGGACAGCACGACCCAGCUGGCUUAUGACAACUACGGAUACCCCUCCCAGUAUCCCAGCUACCGCAUGGCCUUUGCGCCACCCAUAGAGGAGGGGCCAGCCUAUGAGAUGUAUCCGACAGGAGAAGGGCCCGCGCAGGGGUCCACACCCGGACAGCAAAGUCCCGAAGCGGGACUCGGGAAGUACGGAACAGCUACUCGCUUUUCAUACUCAUCGCCACCUUCUGACCAUUCCAGCAGACACACACAGCGGAUGCAGACUCAUGUGUGAGAUACAUUGCUCCAAAAAACACACAAAAAGUGGAAAAAAACAAAAAAACAAAUCUCAGUACACCAACUCGCGAGGUUUAGCAUUCUGUUGCCGUGGCAACCAACGCUGUGCAUUUGAUAAAACAUCCGAUAUGCCGCCGUUAGCAAUACGAUAUCCCGCAUGCGAGGCAUUUGCACAGGCCUCGCGCUGCAUGUGGCGACGACGCCCCCAGAAAAGCAGCGAGAGCCACAAUCACGAAGAAGGAGGAGGAGGAGGAGGAGAUGAGCACUUUGACGAAGAGCAGCGCCGGGUUUCCUCUGCAAAGCUCGAUCCACGCCCUCGUCUGUGAUGAGGUUCAGUAGCUCACACGCUUCGCUUUUAUUUGGACACCUUCCGACAAAAAAAAAAAAAAAAAAGGAUUUGUCUUGCACUGCAGCAUCGAGGCAGCUCGGGCUAUAAACAUUUGUGGCACUUUUGGACCCAAGAGACGGGCGGACAAACGCGCCGACACACAAACCUCUUUUGUAACGACUGGACAACGAGACGCUUUUUAUACUCGGCCCGAGAAAAAGGAGGAAAAAGAGCGGUAGCGAGCGCCAUCCAUUUCAUUUUGUAUCGUCGUUUCUACGUGGAGAUAAACGCUUGUUUGGCGGCA